AUGGUGUUCGACCCACACAAUGUCGACCUCACAACCGCCGACCCAACAGAAGUAGUCUGCUACCUCGACCUUUCAAGCAAUGACUACAAUGGCCAACUAGGCGCGCGUAUCUCUGCGAUCUUUGUCAUCGGCUUUGUUUCCUCAUGCGCAACCUUCUUCCCUGUGCUCGCUCAGCGAGCUCCACGCCUCCGCAUCCCACUCUACGUCUAUCUUUUCGCCAAAUACUUUGGUGCGGGCGUUAUCAUUGCCACGGCGUUCAUCCACCUCCUCGAUCCCGCCUACUCCGAGAUCGGCGGUCAGAGCUGCGUCGGAAUGACAGGCCACUGGGCAGAUUACUCCUGGUGCCCUGCCAUCGUGCUGACAUCUCUCAUGCUGGUCUUCCUCCUGGACUUCGGUGCAGAGCGGUACGUCGAGAAGAAGUAUGGACUUUGUCGUGAUGAUCCUGAGCCUAUCAUGGCUUCUGGAGUGGAGGCUCAAGUUCAAGUUCAUGAUGGACAGAGACCUUGUCAUGAUCACGAUCACGAACGACGCUCUCUUGAUCGUCCCAAGUCUCACGAUAAACAGACGAAAGAGCUAGAGUCGCAAUCCGAUUAUGAGAACCAGACUAUCGAGCGCUCAUUCAGACAGCAGAUUGCCGCUUUCCUUAUUUUGGAAUUCGGUGUCAUUUUCCACUCCGUUAUUAUCGGUUUGAAUCUCGGUGUUACCGGAAGCGAGUUCGCUACACUCUAUCCCGUUCUGGUCUUCCACCAGUCCUUCGAGGGCUUGGGUAUCGGCGCUAGAAUGUCCUCUAUCCCUUUUAAAAAGGGUAGCUGGUUACCGUGGAUUCUGUGCUCGUUGUACGGAUUAACAACGCCCAUUUCUAUUGCUAUCGGUCUGGGCGUGCGCACGACAUACAACUCCGGCUCCUUUACCGCGAAUGUGAUUUCGGGUGUUUUGGAUGCGACCUCUGCUGGUAUUCUUAUCUAUACCGGUCUCGUGGAGUUGAUUGCUCGUGACUUUUUGUUUGAUCCCCAUCGGACUCAGGAUGAUAAGCGUCUUGCUUUUAUGAUUUGUUGUUUGUUCUUUGGUGCGGGUAUUAUGGCUUUGAUUGGAAAGUGGGCUUAG